AUGGUGGACGUCGUGAUCUCCUACCAGGGGGAGGAGGACAUACCACCUGAUCCUUUGACGGGGGAACCAUCACCUAUAAUUGACUUGGAUAUGCCAGGGGGUACGGAGCCGGAGAAAGAAGUAUGUCGCAUGGAGGAAGAAGCCACCGGAAAUACGGUGGCAGUCCCUGAAAUCUAA